AUGGUGCCCGGCACCAGCGGCGGCGAGCAGCAAGGCACCGAACCAGAAGAGGCCGUCGACCAGCAGUACCAUUGGUACUCAGGGGCUCCGUCGCUGCACGCGCCCAGCAAACCCGCCGCCGCCCCCGCCGCUGCAAGGUCUUGCCGGGUGCUGUCGUCACGGCAUGGAGGCGGGAAUGGAGCGGGGACGUUCGCUUCGCAGCCCCGGGUAGGCAGGCGAUUACCGUACCGCACAUCUUCGGUCGGGAGGCUGGCGAUGAUGAUGAUGGCUGCUGCGGGGGAAGGGGGGGGGUGCGAGAUGGAGGGGGAGGUUGUUGGUGACGGUGGAGAGUCCGCGCCAGUCGCUCGAACAGAAGAUGAAGGCGCUAGGGAUGCCGGCGGGACAGAAGCCGACCAAUCAGCACCGGUCACGGCGAGCAGCGAGGGACAAGGCGGUGGCGUGCGAAGCAGCAUCAACAGCGCGAGUAGUAGUGUUCCCGGUAGCGGGGGCCCCGUGGGGGAGGUGGGGGGCAGGGGCAUCGUCGGUAGGCGAAGAGAGGCGCCGCUGACGGAGAGGGAAGGGUUUGCCAUGGUGAAAAAGGUGCUGCCGGGGGGUGGGGAGGGGCUGGAGAUGGACCUGGAAGGUUUGCGGGAUAUGCGCUCCAAUGUUAACAAGAUCAAGCGCAGCAUGCGCAGGGCGGUGGAGGAGGAGGACUACAAGACUGCGGGAGACCUCAGGAACGAGAUGGCAGCGAUAAGGGCAAAGGACCCUCUUUAUGUGGUGUCCGACUUGCUGGGGGUUGCGGUGAGCAAGGAGAAGUUUAAGAGGGCCGCCAGGCUCAGGGACGCAAAGGACUGGAUUCUGAGAGAGAGCCGGGGGAGCGUGUUCGAAGUGGAUCGGCUGGUUUGCCUGGGGGACAAGGCGUCCAACAUCAUCACCACGGACCCGGAGGGGGCUACCGUUCGCCGAUUCCUCCGAAACGACCAGGUGGCGGAGAUCUCGAGGACGGGUCAAAUCCAGCUGCCGGUGUGGUCGCCAGAUGGGAAGAUGGUCGCUUUCAGUGUUCUCAAGGCGGGGAGCGGGGGAGCGCCGAUAGAGUCCGCCAAGAUCCUCGUGUACCGAGAAAGCGGCAGCCUCGUGCUUGAUGUCGGCGUUCCGCGGGCCCCCUUCCUGCUCAUGUGGUCACCCAGCAGCCAGAGCCUGACCUACCUCUCCAACUCGGAGGGUCCGGGGGGUGCAACGAUCAGGCUGUCGGAGAUCCUGGUAGCUGCGGCGAAGACUCCGUACAGGACCAAGACACGCGGCCUUGCCCAAGGCAACCCGCUGUUCUACGCGUACACCAAGAAGGACUCGAGGAACGCGGACAUGGUGGUACACACAGCAAACAGGGUCUACCACCUGGACAUGACCACCGGGGACGAGGUGGACAUUUCCACCCGGGCGGCGCAGCUGUUCAUGGCCCCCAGCACCCACUGCGAGGGCGGGGAGGACGCUGUUAUCCUCGUCGAGACGGACGGGGAUGAGAGCGGGCAGCACUUGGUGUCGGGCAGGGUGGACGGCUCGGCCAAGAAGAGGAUCUGCCCGACGAGGGGUUUCAGUACGUUUGGCGUUUCUCCCGACGGGCAGAGGCUGUGCCUGAUGCAGCAAGACAUGACGACGGGUUUCUACACCAUCAGCGUCUUGGAGGGGGGAGAGGGAGCCCUGGACCCCCUCAGCACGGCAACGAUGGAACAGGUGGAGAUUCCUCUGGAUCGAGUGAUCAUGGCCUUCUUCUUCAGCCCAGACUCGACCAAGCUCCUGUGCCUCGCCACGAAGAUGUCGAAGAGCGAGCUCGCGGUGGCGAGGAGUUCCAUGAGGCUCGGCUUCCAGCUUAAGUUCCAGUGGGUAAUCUACGACUGUGAGACGAGGGACGUUCAGCUGCUGGACGAGUUCUCUCCCCGACCCUUCUUCCUCAAGAUGUACCUCCCUUACUUCGACAUGUUUGCACAAGGCUUUACUCCGUGGGCGCCGGACUCGAAGUCCUUCUCGUACGUAUCAGCGGAAGCUUCCUUCGUGCAAGAGGUUCCAGACGACGGGCUAGCUCCGCUGCCUCGGGAGCUGGGGCCUAACAUGGAGUUCGUGUCCUGGUCGUUCUGCUGAUUUCGAGCUAUCUUACUGAUUUGAGUUAGCGUCUAAAGGGCUUUUGUGCAUACCGUUCUGCUGAUUUGAGGUGUAAGGGCUGGGCUUUUUGGUAUUGUCAGGCGCUUUGACACGUAAAUAGAUAAGACUUGGAGGAGACCGUACCGCAGGGCUCCUCACCCGAGCCGAACUUUUGAGUUAAAAUAAAACAUUACGGCCGCGGGUUGCUGAUCGAACGGAUUAUAAUGCCGGCUUGUUGCUUGAUUGCUUGCUUCCAGUGGUGUGUUGGAUGUUGACCCUUGUCGACUGUGCGAUGGGUGAAACCGCUCGCUGAUCCGUCCAAGUGUUAGUCGCCUGGGAAGCGUCAAGUCCGUUGCGUGUAAAUCAGCUUGAGAUUGGACCGAUCGAUGCAAUCGACUAUUAGCGAAAGGUUAAGGUUGCGUGUUCGUUUGAAAGGAUGUAGGGAUCAGGUCAGACGUGUUCGUUCAUGCCUCAUGCUAUACACAUGCACGGACGGCUGACAUGCCUACCGAUGCGCCAACUAUACUUCGACACUUGUCGGGGAAACGCUGGGGGAGGUAGGCAGCCUCUCCUGAGCCCUGUUGAAUCACCUGUCCUGAACCCUGUUGUUGCAGGAAUCACCAGUGUAGUCUCGUUUUGUUUGUCGAAUUUUAUGUGGAUUUUGCGGUAUAAUUUUUUUUUUCUCUG